AUGAGAGAAAUUAUUUCACUUCAUAUGGGACAAGGAGGAGUUCAAGUAGGUAAUGCAUGCUGGGAACUCUUUUGCCUUGAGCACGGCAUCCAACCUGAUGGUCAGAUGCCAUCUGACAAAACUAUUGGAGGUGGUGAUGAUGCUUUCAACACUUUCUUUUCAGAAACUGGUGCAGGAAAACAUGUUCCAAGAUCAGUAUUUAUGGACCUUGAGCCUACUGUUAUUGAUGAAAUUAGAACUGGAACAUAUAGGCAAUUGUUCCAUCCUGAGCAGCUAAUUUCAGGCAAAGAAGAUGCUGCUAACAAUUUUGCAAGAGGACACUACACUAUUGGCAAGGAUGUUGUCGAUCUCUGCUUAGACAGAAUCAGAAAAUUGGCAGAUAAUUGUACUGGACUUCAAGGAUUCCUUGGCUUCCAUUCAGUUGGAGGAGGAACUGGGUCAGGACUUGGUUCAUUGCUACUCGAGAGACUUUCAGUUGAUUAUGGAAAGAAGUCUAAACUCUGCUUCACUGUCUAUCCAUCACCCCAAAUUUCUACUUCAGUUGUUGAGCCAUAUAACUCUGUCUUAUCAACCCACUCUCUGCUUGAGCAUACUGAUGUUUGCGUAAUGCUUGACAAUGAAGCAAUUUAUGACAUCUGCAGAAGAAAUCUUGAUAUCGAUAGGCCAACCUAUACAAAUCUUAACAGAAUUAUUGCUCAAGUGAUUUCAUCUUUGACAGCAUCUCUCAGAUUUGAUGGAGCUCUUAAUGUGGAUAUCAGUGAAUUUCAGACCAAUCUGGUUCCUUAUCCUAGGAUUCAUUUCAUGCUGUCAUCGUUUGCUCCAAUCAUAUCAGCUGAAAGAGCGUAUCACGAGCAGUUAUCAGUUGCUGAGAUCACAAAUUCCUGCUUCGAACCAGCUUCGAUGAUGGCGAAGUGUGAUCCAAGACACGGAAAAUAUAUGGCUUGUUGCGUAAUGUACAGAGGAGAUGUUGUGCCAAAAGACCUUUGUGCAUCUAUCGCAACUAUAAAAACUAAGAGAACUAUCCAAUUUGUUGAUUGGUGUCCAACAGGAUUCAAGUGUGGCAUCAACUACCAGCCACCCACAGUGGUACCAGGGGGAGAUCUUGCCAAAGUGAUGAGAGCUUGCAGUAUGAUCUCUAACUCAACUGCAAUUGCCGAAGUUUUCUCAAGAAUUGAUCAUAAGUUUGACCUUAUGUACGCCAAGAGAGCCUUCGUUCACUGGUACGUUGGAGAAGGAAUGGAAGAAGGAGAGUUCUCAGAGGCUAGGGAAGACCUUGCUGCACUCGAGAAAGACUAUGAGGAAGUUGGAAUUGAAACCGCUGAAGGAGAGGCGGAAGAUGAAGAAAUGUAA